AUGCCACAACCUACUGCAAAUUGGAGUGCAGUAGUUGGUAAUCGAUUGAUAUUCGAACAUCAACAACUGCAGAGUGAGGCACAACAGACAGAUCCACAAAUUACUAUUGAUUGUCUCAACAAUGGACAGCAAAAUGCUUAUAACACAAUCACUUCUUCAGUUUUUCAAAAUAAAGGAACUAUUUUCUUUUUGAAUGGGGGUGCUAGAACAGGAAAAACAUUUUUAUACAAUACAAUUGCAUUAAAAUGUCGCAACAUUGGGCAUAUCGUUGUUACUGUGGCUUCAUCUGGAAUUGCAUCAUUGUUACUGGUAGGAGGUCGCACUGCACAUUCAACAUUUUCCAUUCCGUUAGAUGUCUUGGACAAUUCGAAUUAUGGGCUUAGCAAACAAUCAUUACAAGCUGAGUUAUUUAGAGAAACAAAACUCAUAAUUUGGGAUGAAGUUCCUAUGCAACAUAGACAUUGUGUUGAGACGGUUGAUCGUACAUUGAGGGAUAUUUGUGAUAGUGAAAAGCCAUUUGGGGGUAUUACUGUUGUUCUUGGUGGAGACUUUCGACAAAUCUUACCAGUUAUACCCAAAGGAGUUCGUGAACAAAUUGUGAAUGCAUCAUUAAGACACUCUGUUCUAUGA